AUGGCCACCACAGAAAGCCACAGAGGUGCACUCGCAGAAAUUAUAACGAUAUAUCGUAAGAUGAAAAAGGGCAGGGAAAUGCCGCAUGUAUAUAAAAUUAGAAAAGACCAGGUGAUGGACACGACGGCAGAGGUUGUUUCCGAGACCAUCCGAAGCACGCCCAUGAUAAAAAACACAGAAAGAGAUGACUCUGCCCAAAUGACAUUUAAUUUUUCCCCUUUGAAUGGGCUAAACCCAUCCGGGAGCAAGUAUAUGUUCUACUCAAAGGGCUCGGGCCUGGUGCAGACCCAAGUGCUUGAAAACAUCUCGGCAGGCUACUCGGACAUGCUUAAAAACAACUUCUUUUGGCUGAACAUAUUCAACCCCACGGAUGCAGACUUGCAGUCGCUUGGGAACAUGUUUGACCUGCAUGAGCUUACCAUGCAGGAUAUAAAAGAGGGAAACACAGACGAAAAGAUAGAGGUGUUUAAGCACUACACUUUUAUCUCGAUGAAGCUGCUUGUCGAAGCCGACCCCACAAACGACGAUGUAGACUUUAACAUUUUGGUGUUUAAGGACUUUGUUCUCACGUUCCACGACAAGCCAUGGAUCAGCGUGCAAGACACAUUCAACUUUAUAGAGCUACUUUCCAAGCACACAUCUCUCACGCCCUCCUGGGUGCUGUACUCCAUCAUCAUAGAGUUCAUGCAGGACAUAAAGUACCUCGUGGACGGAUGCAUACUCGAGUCGGUCAAGAUCCAGGAGAUAUCCAAGAACUUCAAAGAGGCGGAGAUGGCGUCGAUUCUUAAGAGAACAUUUCAUGUGAGUUGUCAAAUAAACUCCCUUUUAAUAACCGUCAGGUACAAAAUAGAAAUUCUUAAGAUCAUAAGAGACAGGUGCAGAAAUAGAAUUGUGGCGUUGGUCCGGAGGUACAUGUCCGAGGCAAUAGAAGAUCUUAGAGACCUGUCAAAAAAGCUCAUGGAGUUGCUUCGUGGGCUGGAGAGGUCGCAGGACACGUACUUGGCCCUUCUGAACGUGGCGCAGACACAGGAGGGAAACGAAAUGAACAAGUCCAUGAGCAGAAUGAGUCUGGCGGCGUUGAUCAUAUCGCCGUGCCAGCUGCUGUCUGGGAUUUGGGGGAUGAACGUGAAGGUGCCGGGGCAGACCAUUGACAGCCUGUACCCGUUCUUUACCAUAGUGAUUUGCUCGUUUUUGCCUUUUCUCAUUUAUUUCUAUAAUCCCAUUCGCCGAUUCAUUUACAAGCGGACAAAGAAAUAA